AUGAAUGGUUUAGCGAAUGUUGUCAAUACGCAGUCUGGCUCUUCUAUUGUCUUACAUUUUUAUCCCUUUGAUUCGCCAAACUAUGCCAUACCAAUUGCCCCUGAUUUAUUCGUAUCCAUUUUCCCUCCACCCUCAGGCCUACCUCUCUUUCCUGGUGAGGAUGAAGGGGAUCAACUGGCCUGUAUCAUGGAAGUGAUCGACUUACCACCAGAAUCACUGUUGGAGCGUUCACGGCAUGUGGAACGCUUCUUCUACGAGAGCAUGGCUCAGGCCUGUCAUGCUGUGACUGCUCUCAGCGAAGGGGAGGCUGUGAAGGGGCUGCCGUGUGGAAAAGCGACUUCUCCAACAGCUCAGCCGAUCGGUGAAGGGUCGACGACUGUCGCUUCGAAGGGAUCAGGGCAAUCGGGCACGGCAACAGGCAUCGGUUCUGGACGGGUGCAUGAAUACGUGCCAAGGUACUGUACCAUUCGUGUGCUUCCAUCUGGAGAACCGCAACUGCUGCCAGGCCUAUCCAAGAAGGGAGGUCAUGUUCGCGGACGGCCUGGCAGCUUGCCGAUCGAGAAAGUGUUGGCCAUUUGGUCCGGCAACAAACGACUUCGCCAGCACCGAUUUCGCGCUCCAACCAACAGCGGUCGUCUG